AUGGACUUAACAGCACGCAGUAGUCAUGAAUUAAUUGACGAAAAAUUUUAUUCAACUACAUAUCAACAUAUUAAGACUAGUCAAGGUCGAGAGCUUGUUAAAGUAAGUUGUUCUUGUUUUAUUUUAAAAUUUUAGAAUUGGACAGAACGUACGGAUCCUCAGAAGUAUGUUUACGAGGAUUGUGGCAUUGUCUCCUACCUAAUUGUAAGAAUUUAUUAAUUUUGUUGUAUUUUUAGAGGUAGUUGAUGUCUAUCGCAAUAUAAUGCUUUUCAAGCUCUGUAACCAAAUUUAUUUGAAGCUUUCAGUCUUUAAAACAAGCAGAAGACUGGAAGGUAAAUUUCUUUGUUGAUAUUGGCUGUGGAAACGGGUUAUUGACGUAUUUAUUGGCCAUAAACGGGUGGAAUGGAGCUGGUAUUGAUGCUAGAAGCCGAAAUAUUUGGGAAAUGUUCAAAAACAAGUGUAAUUUGGUAGAAAAGAGUUUAAAUCCAUCUGAAAGAGAAGUCACUACAUUGCCUGAAGACGCCGACUUCUUGAUUGGUAAUCAUUCCGACGAACUCACGCCAUGGAUUCCUGUUAUGGCCGCGAGGUAAGGUAAUUUUAGUUGUAAACAUUCUCUACCUUUAAAAUGGAUAUUUGUUGCUGUGGAGCAUAAAGACUAGGUAAUAAUGGAUCUUUUUAGGAAGAAGUGCAACUUCUUUUUGCUCCCGUGUUGUCCGCAUGAUUUUUACACAAAGUUCUCGUCGAUUCCAGCCAACCCCAAACAUGGAGGUAAUGGUAUUGGAACUUAUGGCCAAUAUCUAAAAUAUAUUCACUCGGUUAUUCAGAAACUUGGAUUUGAUGUGAAGAUUGAUCGUUUGAAGAUUUCUAGCACCAAAAAAGUAAUUUUUAUUUAAUCUAUUUACAAAAACAUUACAUAUUCGGGAAUCGAUGGUAACUAUAACAGUAUAACAGGUUUUUAUAGAAAAACACUAAGUAUACAAGGGAUUUUAGAUAUGUUUCGUAGGCACAAUACCUAAGACAGGUUUGCCAGACAGUUUAGAAGAUAUUAUAGAGGAAAUCCUGGAAAAGGCGGCGAAAAUGAGACCAAAGUUCAUACCUAUUGCCAAUAAGGUGGAAGUGAGGAAUUGUACCAAAUUGGACUAUGACUUUAGGCAAAAAUUGUCUAGAAAGCUGGCUGAAAUUAUACUGAGUAAAACUGAGGAGUAAGUUGGUGUUUUAAACAUUAAUCUAUUAGGCCUUACCUUUUAUGGGUUUAGACACAUUCUUAUGUUUUGACAAAUUUAUAUAGAGUUUGGUCAAAAUAAGUAAUGAAAAUGAUGGUUAAAGUUACUAUGUUUGUUUACAAAUUUGUAGAACAUUGACAGACUCAAUAAAACUCAACGAACUAGUUCCAUUCCUAUCAAACGACGAGAAGUCCCAACUCAAAGCCCAAUGUGGAGGAAUACAGACCUUCCUGAAGAACUUUCAUCAAGCGUUUGAGGUGAAGAAGGGUAAUGUGAAGAUAAGGAACUGGCUAGUGGAUCACAAGAAGUUCGACAAGGAGGACAAAAAGAAGUUCUCCAAGUGCUGGUUCGAUCAUGUUCAUCCGCAUGGCUGUCCGUUGGCUAGUGUGGAUUGUCCUUUUAGGCAUCGGGAUGAGGAAGAAAUCACAAAUUCAUCAAAAAAAGGAGAGAGCAUGCCCUAG